AUGGGAAAGCUCAGAAGUAGGGCUGCAAAGCUAAUGUUAGUGGCUAUUUUUGUCUUUCGUCUUCCCACCCCGAAUGAGAUUUGGGAGUGGCAUGGUAACAUUACGUACCGGGACGACGAACGAAAAGUGACACAAUUAGGCCUUCAUCGAGCACGGCCGGCAAGUCUUGAGCUUGCAGUAUUUGCACUCGUAGAUGUGGUUAAAUGGACCGGCGUGACACAUUUGGCAAAUCCAUUGCACCAUGGUGGUAUCCGACUUGAGCAUGAUGAAGGAGUGAAUGCAAUAUCCUGGAACGGCCAUGGCAUUGGUUGGAGAGGGAGCUACUUUGAAGGUAUAGCGGAACGCGGUGGAUUGAGAGUCUUCGUAGGUGGGACUUGGAAAUGGUUAGCAAUUUUCCAGAUCUGUGAGAGAAGGAGGAGAGAUGCGAAUCAGUACAUACCCCGAGACUCGUCAAUAGCAGAGCGCUUGAAGUAUGGUGUUUCUUAA